GGCCCGCUAGAGCUCUCGUCCACCUCGAAUUUUCUCCAUGCCGCCUUGCGCUGGGCCAGUGAAAAGCCAGGACCGAGUUUGGGACUGACCUUGGUUCCUUUGUGAUCCGCCUUCGAGUCAUGCGAUGCGAUGCAAUGCUAUCCCCUUUACCCUCUUACAUUUCUCUUACACUCAGCACUUCGCCUGGCAAAGCGUCGCAACGGAUCACUUGGACUUUGCUUGGCAGUCGUGCAGAACGGCUGGAUCGCAUCGGCAGAUCAAAAUCACAUCACCCCAGAUCGCACACCAAUCGCAAGUCGGCAAGACGUGCGUACCGCGGCUCCAUUCGGGAGGGGAGGGGAGGGGUCGUGACAUUAAGCAAAAGAAGGGGCAUGCGCGAGGACGUGUGAGGGGCCAUGUGUCAAUGUUUCUCA